ACACUAAUAUGAGAAAACCUGACAAUUUUAGAUUAUAUUUACGUUAAUAAUCUAUCCACUACUAAUGACUGGAACAUAAAUGGAUUUAAUAGCCAUUAGUAACACCACAGGUGACAAUAUCACAAACUGGAUAAUGAGCUUUUAAAAGCAGAAAGAGUUUCCUCUUGUACAUGAAUCGAGUCAAAAGAUCCGAUUCACUGAAGAGUCGGAUCUCCCCUCACGAGUUCACGUGUGGAUUUAGAGCCACGCCCACUGAUGAACCAAUAAUAAGACACUGAAGAUACAUUGAAGCAUCUCCAAGCUUCUUCAUACAAAGCAAAAUGCGCUACAUCACGUUCGGGUAAUAUUAGGCUUCUAAACAGGCGACUCAUGGAGGGAAUGCUGAGUAACUCUGUAAUCAUCUAAUCAUGGAAGUCUUCCUCAAACUGACCGGGCUUCUUCUAGGCACGCUGCUUUCCGAUUGGCUGACAGACGUCCUGUCUCGGGAUUUUACUCUAGCAGACAUUGAGCAGCUUCAUGUGUCAGCUACUCCACACCCUGGAGGGUUUAAAUGCUUCACCUGUGAAAAUGCUGAAGAUAAUUACUCCUGCAACCGCUGGGCUCCUGAUGAAUACUGUCCAAAGGACACCGGAUUCUGUUACACGCGUCACCGGAUGAACUCUGACGGCGAAAGUGUCUCCGUCACGAAACGCUGUGUGUAUCAGGACGAGUGUGUGUCCACAGGCUGUGUGCAGCACCAAACCCACAUGGUCUGCAUUUCCUGUUGCGAAGGAAACAUCUGUAACCUGCCGGUACCGUGGAACAAGACGGAGGCCAUCUUCUCUGCAAUCUCCCCAUUAAACCGAGCAAUCGGAGUGUCUCCUGGGAAAACCAGCGUGCUCUGCAUCAUCACCACCACCUUCCUGGUUAAUAACUUCAUUUAGUGUUCCGCUUCUACUUCUCGGUAAGCCAGUGAAGUUGUUUCAUAUUGUGAUCUGUUGUGCACAUGGAGUCAUUGAGAACAGCUCUGUGUAUGGGUUAGAGACUGUAGCAGUGAGCAAAAGUCAUGAGGCAGAGAUGGAGGUAGCAGAGAUGAGGAUGUUGAGGUUCCCUUUAGGAGUGAUGAGGAUGGACAGGAUUAGGAACGAGCACA